AUGCAAUCACAAUAUUCUAGUAGUGGGUCUGGUAGUGGUUCUGGUUCUAGGACAUCCAGUAAAUUUUCCACGGGAUCAAUUGAGGGUGAAAAUCCUCUUUGGGGUUAUGUAACUUUGCUACAAAGUAAAAAAGAUGGUAGAGGAAAUGCAAGUUGGAGUUGCAACUUUUGUCAAAGAACUUACAAGGGUUCUUAUUUUAGAGUGAAAUCUCAUUUAUUGAAAGAAAGGGGACAUGGGAUAGCUACUUGUUUAUCUGUCACAGAUGAAUAUUUACAAGAGAUGAAACAACUUGAAAGAGAGGCUAGUAAAAAAUCAAAGUUUGUGGAUGUUCCUUUGCCUAUUGGAACUACAAGUUCAAACCCCCCUAUAGCUGAUGGGAGCAAGAGAAGAAGAGCAAUUGAAAGUCCAUUAGGAAGGGCAUUUAAUAAUGAGGCAAGAGACCAUUUAUCAUGUGAAAUAGCCAGAAUGUUUUAUUCUGCAGGUUUACCAUUCAAUAUUACCAGAAAUCCUCAUUUUAUUAGUGCAUUCACAUAUGCUGCAAACACUUCUAUUUCGGGAUUUCUUCCUCCUUCUUAUAAUGCUAUAAGGACUAGUAUGUUGCAAAGAGAAAAGGCUCACAUUUUAAGGUUACUUCAACCUAUAAAAGAUACUUGGCCAGAAAAGGGUAUAAGUAUAGUAACUGAUGGUUGGACUGAUGCACAAAGAAGGCCAUUGAUCAACUUUAUGGCAGCUUCAGACUCGGGACCUAUGUUCUUGAAAGCUAUUGAUGGUUCUGGUGAAUAUAAGGACAAGCAUUACAUUGCUAAUUUAAUUUUUUCUACAAUUGAUGAGGUUGGACCACAAAAUGUUGUUCAAGUCAUUACUGAUAAUGCUCCUGUUUGCAAGGCAGCUGGAUUAAUUGUUGAAUCUAUCCAUCCUCAUAUUUUUUGGACACCAUGUGUUGUACACACUUUAAAUCUUGCCCUCAAAAACAUUUGUGCACCAAAAAAUACACCAACUAAUGAGGUUGUUUAUGGUGAGUGUAGUUGGAUUUGUAAUCUUGCUGAUGAUGCUUAUUUUAUUAGAAAUUUUAUAAUGAAUCAUUCUAUGAGACUAGCCAUGUUUAAUGCAUUUGUGCAUUUGAAGCUACUUGCAAUUGCUGAGACUAGAUUUGCCUCAACCAUUAUUAUGUUUAAAAUAUUGAGAACUAUUAAGCAUGGUCUCCAAUCUAUGGUUAUUAGUGAAGAAUGGUCUCACUAUAAGGAGGAUGAUGUUGAGAAGGCUACAGUUGUGAAAGAAACAAUUUUAAAUGAUAGUUGGUGGGAUAAAGUUGAUUAUGUUCUAAGUUUUACAAAGCCCAUUUAUGAUAUGCUUCGUUGUUGUGAUACUGAUAAGCCAAGUCUUCACUUAGUUUAUGAGAAAUGGGAUUCUAUGAUUGAGCAAGUGAAGUAUUAUUGUAGACAAUGGCUUGAGGAAGCUCCAAAUCGACUUCCACCACAUAAGGAUAAUGAGGUUUGCAUAGGGAGAAAUAAGUGCCUAAGAAGUUACUUUCCAGAUUCGAAGGAAAGGUUAGAGGCAACUACUGAGUUUGUUAAAUUCUCAAGUUCUUCUGAAGAGCUUGGCCAAUUUGAUUCUUUGCAAGAUAGGUGGAACUUAAAACCAAAAGAAUGGUGGGUUAUGUAUGGAGCUGCAAUUCCUAAACUUCAGUCCAUAGCCUUGAAGCUUCUUUCACAACCAUGUUCUUCUUCUUGUUGUGAAAAAAAUUGGAGCACAUAUUCCUUUAUCCACUCUUUGAAAAGAAAUAGGCUUAAUCCUAAAAGAGCUGAAGAUUUAGUAUUUGUACACACAAAUCUUCGUCUGCUUUCAAGGAAAAGUAAGAAUUAUUCUGAGGGUGAAUCUAGAAUGUGGGAUAUUGGUGGAGAUGAAUGGGAUUCAAUUGAAGGUGUUGGGAUUCUUGAAGUUGCUAGUCUUUCUCUUGAUGAACCAGAUCUAGAGGCAGUUAUUUUUACUGAUGAUGUGGAAGGAAAUAAUGAGAUUGACACUGUUAAAGUUUGA